CAGAGUCAAAGAAGAGGAAGAAGAACUAGGAAUCCUUCUUCUUCUUCUUCUUGUUGUCCCUCUCCUCAUCUUUGAAGGUGAAGAAGAUGGGUUCUGUGGUCUCAACACAGGUUGAGAAAAGAAAGACACUCCUUACACAGGAGAAAACUCUCUCUGAUCUUAAAAGCACUGGGGUAACCUACCCUGGCUCUGAUUACCAUCCCCAAGACAGGAAAAACUGGAUGUCUGAACUCAACCCAGAGAGUGUUAAGAUCAAUAACAUUGUUUGGCCUGGAACCCAUGAUUCUGCAACCAACAAGAUUGGCAUCCCAUUCAUAACUCGUCCAUUUGCUCAAUGCCAAUCCUUAUCUAUAUAUAAUCAACUUGUGAGUGGCACACGUGUGAUUGACAUUCGUGUGCAGGAGGAUCGUAGGGUAUGCCAUGGAAUUCUCCUAACAUAUAGCAUGGACGUUGUCAUCAAAGAUGUUAAGAAGUUCUUGUCAGAAACUGACUCUGAGAUCAUUAUCCUUGAGGUUAGAACUGAGUUUGGACACGAUGACCCACCUGAAUUCGACAAGUACCUAGAGGAUCAACUAGGUGAAUACCUUGUUCCACAAGAUGAUGGUGUUUUUGAAAAGACCAUUGCAGAGGUUCUACCAAAGAGAGUUAUAUGCGUUUGGAAACCAAGCAAAUCACCACAGCCUAAUGCAGGAAGCCCUUUAUGGAGUGGAGGGUAUCUGAAGGAUAAUUGGAUCAACACAGAUUUGCCAUCAACCAAGUUUGAUAGCAAUAUGAAGUUUCUGAGCGAGCAACAACCUGUUACGUCAAGAAAAUACUUCUACAGGGUUGAAAACACCGUUACUCCUGUGCCUGAUAACCCAGUUCUGUGUGUUAAACCUGUAACGGAACGCAUUCAUGGCUAUGCGAGGCUCUUCAUUAAUCAGUGCUUCUCCAAAGGGUUCGCUGAUAGACUUCAGGUUUUUUCUACGGAUUUUAUAGACCAGGAUUUCGUUGAUGCAUGCGUUGGACUCACCCAUGCAAGGGUUCAGGGUCAAGCCUGAAAAAUUCUCUAAUAUGUUCAUAGCUCAAUUCGGUUUUUCUUUUUCUUCUUGUUGACGGUUUAUGUCUGUUUUGUUAAUCUGGAUCACGGUUGAUGGUUUCAGCUCCUAGAUUUGUUUUUUGUUGCUAUAGAUUUGAUUGAAAAUUCUGAUAUGGAAAUAAACAAUGGUUUGUGUUGUAUUGUCAUUCUUGAUGCAGCUGCUGAGAUUUCUGA